CCUGCGCGCCCAGCAGACGCCCCGUGCCCCGCGCGCCCGUGGGGAGGUGCCUCUCAGGCGCUCCCCGGCCGGGACGCCACUGCCGGGGCCCGGCGCGCCUUCGCUCGCAGCCUGCCCGCGGCCCUUUAUACCCAGCGGGACCGGCGCUCACUAAUGUUUAACUCGGGGUUGAAACUUGGGAGCGCCGAGUGACUGCGCGCCCGGGGCUGCGGAGCUAGCUACACGCGCGUCCGGGAGGCUCGCCUGACUUCUGCCUGCGCUCCCGCUCCGAAAGCUUAGCUCUGAGGAGACGCCGACCAUGAAGACACCGUGGAAGGUGCUCCUGGGACUGCUGGGGAUCGCUGCACUCGUCACCGUCAUCACCGUGCCUGUGGUCCUGCUGAACAAAGGCAAUGAUGCUACAGCUGAUAGUCGCAGAACCUACGCUCUAACCGAUUAUUUAAAAAAUACUUUUAGAGUGAAGUUCUACAACUUGCGAUGGGUUUCAGAUCAUGAGUAUCUCUACAAACAAGAAAAUAAUAUCUUGCUAUUCAAUGCUGAAUAUGGAAACAGCUCCAUGUUCUUGGAGAACAGUACAUGUGAUGAAUUUGGAUAUUCUAUAAAUGAUUAUUCAGUAUCUCCCGAUAGACAGUAUAUUCUCCUCGAAUACAACUAUGCGAAGCAAUGGAGGCAUUCCUACACAGCUUCGUAUGACAUUUAUGACUUAAAUAAGAGGCAGCUAAUUACAGAAGAGAGAAUCCCAAACAACACACAGUGCAUCACAUGGUCACCAGUGGGUCAUAAAUUGGCAUACGUUUGGAAAAAUGAUAUUUAUGUCAAAAAUGAACCAAAUUCGCCAAGUCAGAGGAUCACAUGGACUGGGAAAGAAGAUGUAAUCUAUAAUGGAAUAACUGACUGGGUUUAUGAAGAGGAAGUCUUCAGUACUUACUCCGCUCUGUGGUGGUCUCCAAACGGCACUUUUUUAGCAUAUGCCCAAUUUAACGACACACAAGUCCCCCUGAUUGAAUACUCCUUCUACUCUGAUGAGUCACUGCAGUACCCAAAGACCAUGCAGAUUCCUUAUCCAAAGGCAGGAGCUGUGAACCCAACUGUAAAUUUCUUUGUUGUAAAUACCGCCACUCUCAGCCCAGACAUCAAUGCAACUUCCCAACAAAUCAUUCCUCCUGCUUCCGUGUUAAUAGGGGAUUUCUACUUGUGUGAUGUGACAUGGGUAACCGAAGAAAGGAUUUCUUUGCAGUGGAUCCGGAGGAUUCAGAACUAUUCAAUCAUGGAUAUCUGUGACUACGAUGAGUCCACCGGAAGAUGGAUUUCCUCAGUGGGACGGCAACACAUUGAAAUGAGUACCACUGGCUGGGUUGGAAGAUUUAGGCCUGCAGAACCUCAUUUUACCUCUGACGGGAAUAACUUCUACAAGAUCAUCAGCAACGAAGAGGGCUACAAACACAUUUGUCAUUUCCAAACAGAUGAGACAAAUUGCACAUUUAUUACAAAAGGAGCCUGGGAGGUCAUUGGGAUAGAAGCUCUUACCAGUGAUUACCUAUACUACAUUAGUAAUGAACAUAAAGGAAUGCCAGGUGGAAGAAAUCUUUAUAAAAUCCAACUUAAUUACCACACAAAAGUGACGUGCCUUAGUUGUGAGCUGAAUCCAGAAAGGUGUCAGUACUACUCUGUAUCAUUUAGUAAAGAGGCAAAGUACUAUCAGCUGAGGUGUUCUGGCCCUGGUCUGCCCCUCUAUACUCUGCAUAGCAACAGCAAUGAUAAAGAACUGAGAGUCCUGGAAGACAAUUCAGCUUUGGAUAAAAUGCUGCAGGAUGUCCAGAUGCCCUCAAAAAAACUGGACUUCAUUUAUUUGCACAAAACAAAAUUCUGGUAUCAGAUGAUCUUGCCUCCUCAUUUUGAUAAAUCCAAGAAAUAUCCUCUGCUAAUAGAUGUAUAUGCAGGCCCCUGUAGUCAAAAAGCAGAUGCUGUCUUCAGACUCAACUGGGCUACUUAUCUUGCGAGCACAGAAAACAUUAUAGUAGCUAGCUUUGAUGGCAGAGGAAGUGGUUACCAAGGAGAUAAGAUCAUGCAUGCAGUCAACAGAAGACUGGGAACAUUUGAAGUUGAAGAUCAAAUUGAAGCAACCAGACAAUUUUCAAAAAUGGGAUUUGUGGAUGACAAACGGAUUGCAAUUUGGGGCUGGUCAUAUGGAGGGUAUGUAACCUCAAUGGUCCUGGGAGCAGGAAGUGGCGUGUUCAAGUGUGGAAUAGCCGUGGCGCCCGUGUCAAAGUGGGAGUACUAUGACUCCGUGUACACAGAACGUUACAUGGGUCUUCCAACUCCAGAAGACAACCUUGACCAUUACAGGAAUUCAACAGUCAUGAGCAGAGCUGAAAAUUUUAAACAAGUUGAGUACCUCCUUAUUCAUGGAACAGCAGAUGAUAACGUUCACUUUCAGCAGUCAGCUCAGAUCUCCAAAGCCCUGGUGGAUGCUGGAGUGGAUUUCCAGUCAAUGUGGUAUACAGAUGAAGACCAUGGGAUCGCCAGCAGCACAGCGCACCAGCACAUAUACACCCACAUGAGCCACUUCCUAAAGCAAUGCUUCUCUCUACCUUAGCACCUUGGAACAGCAUGCCAUUUAAAGCUUCUGAAAAGCCACUUUUGCUCUCAUUAUCUCAAAACUGCACCAUCAAGAUGAUGAUGUUAAAAAAGUACACUCAAAUCAAGAAAUGUAAGGUUACCUUUGUUCCCAAAUUUCAUAUCUGUAACCCGAAGUAGGGACUUCUGUCUUUGCAAGAGAUUAUUACCUUAUGGAAGUUUGAAUUAUUCAGUCUGGUUUUGUUUAUUAUUUAAAAUCACUUCCAUAUCAGUUAGUGAAACAACAAAUAAGAAUUGUUUUUAUGGGAGCUUUGCAGAGGUUCCCUGGGCAGCAUUUUUUUCUAACUGGACUAGACUUGUUCUCUUCUUGGAAGGAGUGUCAGGAUGUGGGCCGUGAUAUCACUGAGGCAGGGGUAAGAAAAGAGGGGGUAGGGAAAGAAGCUGGCAGGGCGAGGCUGUGAACCUCAGUCCAAGCCUGCUGACCCGACCAGGCUGCUAUCAGCUCCUCGAAGAGCUGUUCACAGCCAGACUGGCACAGUUUUCUGAGAAAGACUAUUCAAACAGUCUCAGGAAAUCAUAUAUGCAAAAGCACUGACUUCUGAAUAAAACCACAGCAGUUGAAUAGACUCCAAAGAAAUGAGAGAGAAACUGCCAACAAUGCAGGGCCCCCAGGUGCCAGUUAUGGCUAUAGGUGCUACAAAAACACAGCAAGGGUGAUGGGAAAGCAUUGUAAAUGUGCUUUAAAAAUACUGAUGUUUCCUAGUGAGAGAGGCAGCUUGGAACGGAGAUGUGAACACAUCAGCUUGCCCUGUUAAGAGAUGAAAAUAUUUGUAUUGCAAAUCCUAACUUGAAGGAGUCUUUGCAUCAGUUUUUCUUAUUUCAUUUCUUUGAGCAUCUAAUUAAAAGAAUAUUUUAACUUCCUUGGACUUGUUUUUAAAAAUUGAAAAUUAGCUACAAAUGUGUGUAAUAUGAUUCCCACUCUACAUAUGGUGGAAUUUCUCCUGGUCAGUAAUAAAUGUGCCUUCAUUUUUUCAGA